GUUAUACUGUAAUGGCUGAAAGUCAAAAGCUAAGACCUGGACAUUCUACAGGCUUAGCACCUUCCCCUCAGUUGCCAUCGUCUGGAUAUCAGAAUAUCUUUGAAGACAGAGCUAAUGCUCUGGUUGUUUCUUCCCAUACACAAGACAACGACUCUUUACAAAAGCUGAACAGAGAAUGCACCUCAUCUUUGAAGAAUAAUCUUUCAGAAGUCUCUGCCUGUGAAAAGCAAGGUAAAAACAUGUGGUGUCCAGAAAAAAAGAUGGAAUUAUUAAUGGAGAGUGAAGAUAAUCACAUUGAUCCUUUAGGUGUGAGAAGCGCAGAUGUGUCCGAAAAUUCCAGUGGAGGUGAACAUUUAUUGACUAAUACAGAGGAAAGACCUAUUAAAGCUGCAAUACAUGAGAAGAAACAAACUUUUGAAGAAUUCUUGGAAGAGCAGAUACAACUAGAAGAACAGCGUCUGGAGCAAAACCAGAAGUUACAG